AUGGGCGGGGCGAGGCUGCUGCUGCUGCUGCUGCUGGCUGGGGCAUGGGUAGGGGUGGCCUGGAGACCCCCAAAAGGGAAAUGCCCCCCUCGCUGCUCCUGCUCCAAAGACAGCGCCCUGUGUGAGGGUUCCCCAGAGCUGCCCGAGAGCUUCACCCCAACACUUCUGUCACUCUCACUUGUGAGACUGGGGGUGCCCCAGCUGAAGGCCGGAAGCUUCCUCAAGAUGCCAACUCUGCACCUGCUACUCUUCACAUCCAACUCCUUCUCUGUGAUUGAAGACGAUGCAUUUGCCGGCCUGUCCUAUUUGCAGUACCUCUUCAUUGAGGACAACGAGAUCGGCUCCAUCUCCAAGAAUGCUCUCAGAGGUCUUCGCUCGCUCACUCACCUGAGCCUGGCCAACAACCGCCUGGAGGCCCUACCUAGAUUUCUCUUCCGAGGCCUGGACACCCUGACCCACGUGGAUCUGCGGGGAAACCCUUUCCAGUGUGACUGCCGAGUGCUGUGGAUCCUGCAGUGGAUGGCCACGGUGAAUGCCAGCGUGGGCACCGGGGCCUGCGCCGGCCCCGCUGCCCUGGCCCGCACGCAGCUCCAGCAUCUGGAGCCAGCCAGCUUCAAGUGCCGGUCUGUAGAGCUGUCCUGGUUCCAGAGGAUCGAGGACCCCGCGCUGAGCGUGGAGCCCUUCUCCUACCAGGGCGCGGCCCACGUGGUCCUGGCGCAGCCCUUCGCGGGCCGCUGCCUCAUCCUGGUUUGGGAUUACGGCCUCCAGCGCUUCAGGCCUGAGGAAGAGCUGUCGGCGCCGUCCGUGGUGUCCUGCAAGCCGCUGGUGCUGGGCCCGCGCCUGUUCGUGCUGUGCGCCCGGCUGUGGGGGGGCUCGCAGCUGUGGGGGCGCGCGGGCCCCGAGCUGCGCCUGGCCCCGCUGCAGGCGCUGGGCCCCGGGCGGCUGCUGCGGCCCAACGACGCGGAGCUGCUGUGGCUGGACGGGCAGCCGUGCUUCGUGGUGGCCGACGCGUCCAAGGCGGGCACCACCACGCUGCUGUGCCGCCAGGGCGCCGGCUUCUACCCGCGCCAGAGCCUGCACGCCUGGCGCCGCGACACCGACGCCGAGGUGCUGCGCCUGGACGGCCGGCCGCACCUGCUGCUGGCCUCCGCCUCGCAGCGGCCCGUCCUCUUCCAGUGGCGCGGCGGCCGCUUCGAGCGCCGCACCGACAUCCCCGAGGCCGAGGGCGUCUACGCCGCGCGCCACUUCCACGCCGCCGGCGAGGUGUUCCUGUGCCUCACGCGCUUCAUCGGGGACUCCAUGGUCAUGCGCUGGGACGGCUCCAUGUUCCGCCCCCUGCAGCUCCUGCCGUCCCGAGGCGCCCACGUCUUCCAGCCCCUGCUCAUCGCCAGGGACCAGCUGGCCAUCCUGGGCAGUGACUUUGCCUUCAGCCAAGUCUUCCGCCUUGAGCCCGAGCAGGGGCUCCUGGAGCCGCUGCAGGAGCUGGGCCCCCCAACUUUGCUCUCCCCCAGGGCCUUUGCCCACGUCACCUUAGCGGGCAAACACUUCCUCUUUGCCGCCUGCUUCAAGGGCCCCACGCAAAUCUACCAGCACCACGAGCUGGACCUCAGCGCUUGA